AAAAAAGUAGUACCAGUAGUAGGUAGUUCAAUUUUGCAGAGCAACCGUGGCAAAAUAUGGAGUACUACAUGGCGGCUAAUUGGUUGCUUUGCGGCUUUGCAUUGUUGCUUACGGCUUUCGGUGCUGCCGGCGCCGGAAGCGUCACGUACGACGGAAGAUCAUUGGUGAUCGACGGCCAGCAUAGGAUUCUUUUCUCUGGUUCCAUUCACUAUCCUCGAAGCACUCCUCAGAUGUGGCCAUCUCUGAUAGCCAAAGCAAAAGAAGGAGGUAUAGAUGUUAUACAAACAUAUGUGUUUUGGAAGCUCCAUGAACCUCAAAAGGGACAGUAUGAUUUUAGUGGAAGAAGUGACAUAGUAAGGUUUAUAAAGGAAGUCCAAGCUCAUGGCCUUUAUGUGUGUCUUAGAAUUGGACCAUUCAUUGAGAGUGAAUGGUCUUAUGGGGGUUUCCCAUUCUGGUUACACGAUAUUCCGGGCAUUGUUUUUCGAUCUGACAAUGAACCGUUCAAGUUUGAAAUGCAAAGGUGGACGAGGAAGAUAGUAGAGAUGAUGAAAUCAGAAAGACUAUAUGCUUCUCAAGGUGGGCCAAUUAUACUAUCACAGAUUGAGAACGAGUACAAGAUGGUAGAAGCAGCAUUUCAUGACAAGGGACCAUCUUAUGCUCGUUGGGCUGCAGAAAUGGCUGUAGGGAUGCAAACUGGUGUGCCCUGGGUGAUGUGUAAGCAGGAUGAUGCUCCUGAUCCUGUGAUAAAUACAUGUAAUGGAAUGCGAUGUGGAGAAACAUUUAAAGGACCCAAUAAACCUAAUAAGCCAUCUCUGUGGACAGAGAACUGGACAAGUUUCUAUCAAGUAUACGGUGAAGAAACAUACAUGAGGUCACCUCAAGAAAUUGCAUUCCAUGUUGCACUGUUUAUUGCAAAAAAUGGAAGCUACGUGAAUUACUAUAUGUAUCACGGAGGAACCAAUUUUGGAAGAUCAGCCUCUGCUUAUGUAACUACAAGUUAUUACGAUCAGGCUCCUCUUGAUGAGUAUGGACUAAUCAGGCAACCAAAGUGGGGUCAUCUUAAGGAAUUGCAUGCAGCGAUAAAACUAUGUUCAAAGCCUCUAUUGUCUGGAGAACAAGCUACGUUCCCUUUGGGUGAACAUCAAGAAGCAUAUGUAUACAAAGACAAUUCAGGAGAAUGUGCUGCAUUCUUGGUGAACAAUGACAACAAAGAUGCAGUUGUCUUCUUUCAGAAUUUGUCUCAUAGAUUACCUCCAGAGUCAAUUAGUAUUUUACCAAAUUGCAAGGUCCAAGUCUUCAACACUGCAAAGGUGACUGCACAAUAUGGUACAAGAUCAAUGGUACCAAGUCAAAAGUUUGAUUCCACUUCAAAAUGGGUAGAGUACAGAGAAGCUAUACCUAAAUAUGACAUGACCUCAUUAAGAGCAGGUAUAUUGCUAGAGCAAAUGAGUACGACGAAAGAUAAAUCUGAUUAUCUUUGGUACACUCUAAGUUAUCAGCACGAUUUACCUACUGCUCAAGCUACACUGAGGGUGGAGUCUCGUGCUCAUGUUUUGCACGCAUUCAUAAAUGGCAUUAUUAUAGGAUCUGCACGUGGUGAUCACAACAACAAAAGCUUCUUUCUGGAGAGUAGUGUUACUUUGAGGAAUGGGGUGAACAAUAUCUCCUUACUCAGCGUAAUGGUUGGAUUGCCGGAUGGAGGAGCAUAUAUGGAGCGCAGAUUUGCUGGACUACGUAGAGUUAAUAUUCAAGACAAAGAUUUUACCAAAUACCCGUGGGGUUAUAAAGUUGGGUUACAAGGUGAGAGAUUACAGAUCUAUUCAGAUAUUGGAUCAAACAAAGUUCAAUGGAAAAGGUUGGGAAGUUCAGCUGAUCAACGACUCAUAUGGUAUAAGACUCAAUUUGAUGCACCAAAAGGAAGUAACCCUGUUGCAUUGAACCUCGGUUCAAUGGGUAAGGGUGAAGCUUGGAUCAAUGGCCAAAGUAUUGGUCGUUAUUGGGUCUCUUUCCACACAGCAGAAGGAUACCCUUCACAGACAUGGUACCAUGUACCUCGAUCCUUCCUCAAGCCUACUAGCAACUCACUAGUUCUCCUAGAGGAAGAACAAGGGAAACCCCUUGGGAUUUCCCUGGACACACUUUCAAUAUCUAAAGUAUGCGGUCAUGUAUCCGAAUCAGAUUUACCUCCAGUCGGUUCUUGGGUGCCAAAAAACCAAAGAGCAGAAAACCUUGUAAGAAGAACACCAAAUGUUCAACUCAGUUGUCCUCGGGGAAGGAACAUUUCCAAAAUCUUAUUUGCAACCUAUGGAACUCCUUCUGGUAAUUGUGAAAGUUAUGCCCAUGGGAGAUGCCAUUCAUCUAAUUCCAGAACUAUUAUAGAGCAGGCAUGUCUAGGGAAAAAUGGAUGUACCGUAUCUCCAUCAAACCAAAUAUUUGGUGAUCCAUGUCCAAGUAUCCACACUCUUGUGGUCGAUGCAGAGUGUACAUGAUACUACUAGUGCAAUUUGCAUAAAGGACUCGAUGGCGAUGGCCAACCCCAUUUACCACUAUUAUACUCACACAUCUUUGUAUGUUUUGGAAACACCUCUUUUAAUUUCAUACUGAGAAUUAUAAAUCUAGCUCUAGAGGGGUUGACCAAAAAAAAAAAUAAAAAAAAUUGAAGCAGCAUCUACAGAACUAUUGUUACAGAAGCUAGAAAAGCAAAAUUAGAGCUCCUAAAACAAAAUAUUAUACAGUGAAUUGAUAAUAUAUGCUUCAGUUUGUAGUGUCUUUCACAUUCCACAAAAUGUGGUGGAAGGAGGCCCAAAACUUUGUUGAAUCAAAAUUUGAAAACAGAGAGUAUUUUAGUUCUCAAGAUGCAGCAUUUUUUUUUUUCUUGUUU